GGGGCGUGGCCGAGGCCAGUGACGUAGCCGGUGUCGGUUAAGCAGCGCGAGGUGACUCCAUUGGCCCCGCCCCCUGGACAUGUUGAGCUGAGCAGCCUGCCCUCCCUGUCACUGCGCACACCAUGCUGCGGGCUUGCAGGAAGGCCCGGGCGGCGGCCCUGGCUAAGGUAAGCUGACGGCGGGUGUCUGCUAGCGCGAUGCAUGCUGGGAGCUGCCUUCACCGAGCUGGGAGACCCUGCGGCCGCCAUUCCCCCCCACCCCCGGCUCCCCACAGCCUCCUCGGGCUUCGCAGGGGGGACUCCGGAUAUUAUAUACUCCGUAGCUUCACCGCCGACUGUCUCCCGUGUUAGCCAAUCAGAUCGCUUGGCUUUGGCAGUGACAUUGGUCAUCGUCCAAUCAUGUGCUGCCGUCCUCUACCAGCUCAGCCAAUCACAGCUCCGCCUUGGAACCUUUCACCUUUUGGAGCGCCGAGAGGCGGGACUAGGUGUGAAAGACUCCCUCGGCCUCCAAUCAGCUGCAGUGGUUUAGUGAUUGACGUUUCUUUCGUCCAAUGGUUUGUGUUUGCGGGGAGGUGAUGGUGUGAGAGCUCUGAGGGCAGAUGCUGGGUGUAUAAAGGUGUCCAGUGCUGGGCUCCCAGAGUUCUAUACACAGAGAUAGUGGAUGGCACAGGUCACAUGACCCCCUGUGUCCCCCAUUAACCCAUGCAUUGCCCUGUGCAGUGACCAGCCAUCAGUGCUGAGCUCUAUCACCUCUAACAAGCCAUGACCUUGCUGUGUGUGUCACUGCCAUCCUCAGGGCCUGCCUGCAGCCUGGCCUGGCACACUGGGACUGCUGGCUGUCCAGCUAUACAAUAAAUAUAUGGGCUGAGAGUCAAUCCUCAGCAAUCACAAAUUCAUUAAAGUACAACUUUAACCCCUUAAGGACCAAACUUCUGUAAUAAAAAGGAAUCAUGCCAUGUCACACAUGUGUCCUUAAGGGGUUAAACUGAUCUCAAAGUAAAUCACUUUUUUUUUUUAAAUACUUUGCAAAUUGUUUUAUGAAGUUUUUUUCACUUUAAACAUAUGACUUUUGAAAUAUAGUGCAGCACACGCAACAUCAAUACAGUAUCUAAUGUUUUCAGAUCGUUGUGUCUUUCAUACAAUCCUGUACGUACUAACGUAUAGUAAACCUAUUCGUAUGAAGUCAAAAUAACGUGAUCACAUGUCACCCAGAGUAUACUAUGCCUCAUUAUUGCAUACGGUCAAGCCAAUAAUCAGCAGAUCUUUCCUCCACUUCCUAAUAGUGCACAGGUAUAUUUGGGGUCCCCCCCAGCUGUGUUCCUUUUUGUGAAUCAUAUUAUUAGUGUAAAAUAGCUGCAUUAGAAAACUUCCCAGGCAGUUAUGAUUUCAGUUUAAUUAUUUUGGCUUACAAUUUGAAAUUCACUUUGAUUUCAUGACCGUUCACACAUUCACCAAACUCUGAAUUGUAACAAAUGUAAAAGUCUGAAUUUAGGAAACAUUUAGGCCAGAAUGAGUGUUCUUAAAAUUUUGUCCUUCUAAGAUAUACAAAACUUUGCUCUGUUGGGCAGAAUUUUGUUGUUCAUAGUUUAAUUGACUGAAUAUAGUGAAUAAACGCGCACAGCUUCUUGUAAACGGCAACUCUAUCUUCAAUUGUUGCACUGCCUCCACACCCAGAGUGCGUAACCAGUUUGUAAAUAAUGCAAAAAUAUUUCCUCACUAAAUCAUCCUGCAGAUCCCAUACACCUUUUUAUCCAGGUAGGUAGUAGAGCAAUUAGAAUGCCUGUUAGAAGUCUGGCAAUGGAUGCAAGCAUAGACUUGUAUGUAAAACUCUACAGAAAGGUAGACGCCAGGUAUAUUAAUUUAACUGAGCCAGGCUUCUCUCUAUUUAUUAAACCUAGAAUUGAGGAGAAAAGGACAAUUUCAAACUUAAGCCCAAUGUAUCUUUAAAAAAAUAUACAAAAAUUAGGUGCUCACUAUAUACUUAAAAAGGAGACAGCAGUCAAUCCUACAAGGAUUACCAAAACCUUGUGAAAAUACAAGUAGGUGACUGCACCUAAUUAAAAAAAUAAAAAAAAAUGUUACCCAUAAGUGAGAUCACACAUUCAACAUAUAUGUACAAAUGUCAACAUAUGUCAAUCACAUUUUUGCCUCAUUCCACAUGGAUUCCUUGGAGUCUGUGUUUGCUGUAUACAACAGCUUUGAAACACAACUUAGAAAAUGAUGCAAAGCCAGUGAACCACUCAUGGACAGCUGUUUCGUUGUUAAUGCAAAUCAUCAGCAUGAGGUUGGUUACUGGCGUAUGUGUGUGUAUAGAUAGAUAGAAAUAAAGUAAUGAGAGCACUCCAAAAACUUCGAAAAUAUUGUGAAAAAAUUUAGCUUUUAUUCAGGCGUUCUGUGUGAUCUCACUUAUGGGUUAUAAUAUAUCUAAGCUUAAAAUAUUACAACUCUGCCCUUUUGGAUUAAAAUGCCAUUUUCUGCUAAUGCUUGCUACUCGGGAGCUAACUGCAUGCCAAGUUUAUGGGUCCUUAGAUUAAAAUUUAGUGUGUGUGUAUAUAUGUAUGUGUGUGUGUGUAUAUGUGUGUGUGUGUGUGUGUGUAUGUGUAUGUAUGUAUGUAUAUAUAUAUAUAUAUAUAUAUAUAUAUAUAUAUAUAUAUUGUUCAUUUAAUGUGUAUAUACAGACAUGUAUUGUAUACAUAUUGUAGGUGAUUUUGUGUACAUUUUCUGCUGAUCAUUUGUAGCAGUAUAACCUAAAAUGACACCAAGUCUUUUGAGUUACUGCUGAAUUUUAGGGACACUAUAGGCACCAGAACCACUACAGCUUAAUGUAGUGGUUUUGGGACAAUCCACCUUCUCUGCAGGUUGAGUGGUGUAAAACUGCCUUUUUCUGACAAAAGGCAGUAUUUGUUUACACUGCUGCUUAAUGCUACCUCUAAUGGCUUUCACUCGAACAGUUAUAAGGUGGACUUUUUGGAUUUGGUCCUGCAAAGUUUGCAGAAUUGAUGUUCAGCAUCUGCACACUAUGGCUUGACCAAUAUUGCUUUUUUUAGGGCCGAUAAAUGGCCAAUAGCCAAUAACGUGUAUCGAUAGUCUGUACAUUUACAGUUUUGAAAUAAGAAACCAUUUCUACACAGAUCUGCUGAACAUGUUUCUUAUUUUAAUGUUUUUCUUUGUAUUUUUUUUUAUUAUUAUUGAGAGCUAAAUAUACAUGCCAGUCAGAUUUGUAAUGCUUUUCAAGAAUACGUGUGUGUAUGUAGUGGCCCCAGCUUUAAAACCAACCACAGUAUUUUCCCCGCUACCUCUUGUAUCAAAUCCCCACAGUAUCAUUUAGAUUGUAAGCUCACGGGUAAUCUAGUUAUGCACUUUGUAUAAAAUAGCUUAAACGGUUAGAUCUCAGCUUACAGGCAGGGCCCACUCUACCUUUUUAUAUUUGUCUGUGUAUAUUGUACGUCCUCCACUAAUUGUACAGCGCUGCGGAAUCUGUUGGCGCUUUAUGAAUACCAGUAAUAAAUAAAAUAUUUAAAACAGAUCUCGUAUUUUUCACUAAGGAAUAGAGAUUAUUCAUUCUCGCUCUGUAGUUAGGGAUUGUAAGCCAGUAAUGUGAUCUGCAGUCUGAUCGUUAAUCUUCUGAGUUUCCCUUGGUCAGAAAUGACUUUUAUUUGCUAAUACCAGGCAGAGUUUGAAGAUCUAAAAUGGAUGAAUUGUAAAAUGCCAGGGGCUUGCACAUGAUGCCAGUGUCAGUUAAGACAAUUGCACACAAUUUACUCUUUCAAUCUGUCUUGUUCUUUUUAUUCUGUAAGCCUUGUAUUUGCUUCCUUUUGUUGCUAGUUUUGAAUAAGUGAUUUUAACAUUAAAAACUGUAUGUGGGACUUGUGAGUCACAGGGAAUCUUGGUUUUGGUACAGUUGUAGGCUUUUUCAUGGAAUGUAUUACUCACGGCAUAUUACUUGGCAUUUCAUAGUAGUUGAGGAAAUAAGAAAGACUCAACUGAAGUUCUAUCUAUCAUUGUUUUGGACUAAAAAAGGCAUUGCAGAGUCCUGGAUUGAGUUGUCAUAUGACAUGCUUUUGGGAGCAUCGCCUUGCACAUACCCUGAUAUCUACAGGUUUACAUAAAUCUAGUAUUGCUGAUAACAUGAUGUCCGAAUGAACUGGCUCUCAGUGGACAUGACAAGGUAACAUUCACUCAAUGAGAAUUGUCUGGAACUCGGUGAAUUUCAACUGUAAAGCCAAAGUAUCCUAGCUAGAACCAUAGCUGACUUAUGCAAUUUUUCUAGUUCAGCCAUUUUGGCCUUAAGUUUGAAAUUCACUCAAUUCUAACAGUUCUCACUUCGUUAAUAACCCUGUUUUAUUGAUUACCCAAAAAGAAAAGCCUAUCCUGCCCAGUAAAUGGACUUCUAUUUUGCUGAGAUUGUCACACAUUGUACAGCUAUAAUGGUAAUGUACACAUUAAAUUAAACUAUAACCCCAUCCAGAACAGAACUAUUUCAUAGAACUAAAGACACAAUCCCCCAUUACCUCAAAGUAGAAAUAUUGAUAUACUACAAAUUAUUAUUAUUAUUAUUUUAUUUAUUUUUAAAUGGCUUUGAGUGCCUGCCAUGGUACCUACCACUUAUGGCCAUUUGAAAGAAAAUACAAUUUUAAUUUUUUUAAAAAUGUGGCAAGACUGGAUAGAGUAUAGGGGUAAAGCACCAAUACACAGGCCGUAGCUUAAGUUUAAGCUUGCGUUUAUUAUUUACUUAUUCACUGUGAAGUACAGGGGAUGUAAGAUUAAUCACCCUAAUAAAGUUUCUCCCACCCCUUCACCUCUCCGUUUUUACUUACUUCUUAAGAGGUAAAUUUCAUAGUUAUGUUGGCAUAGGUAUGGGAACAUGUUCAUAACUAACACAUGUACCGGUAAUAAAAAAAGAGGGGGGAGAGAGAGAGAAAAGAUACUCGGAAUUUUAUGUAGAUAGAGCUUUUUAUUUUUUCUGAGAAUCUGUCCUUCUUAUUAAGAUCUGGGCUCUGAUAGAAAAGAAAACUGAUAUAUCUUACUAGGAAUAAUGUACAGAGAAGUGAGCUACCAUGAGUAGAGCCUAUGGUUAAUCAAGACAAGAGGGCAAAGUGUAUAAAAUGAUAAUGUGACUGUUUAGUGCUCUGUGGAUGGAUUGGAUUUUAUUGUAUUUACUGUAUAUUUACGUGGUUGCACAAAAGAGCAUAAAUAAGCAUAACCGGUUAGAAAUCAAGUUUACAUGCCACAUUAUGCUGUUAUGUUGCCUCCCUUUAAAUUUAUUUAUUUAUUUAUUUUUUGGGGUGUGUAAACAACAACACUUUAUGGUAUCCUAUGACAUCUGACUUUUUUUACAUUUCCUGAAAUGGCUCAAAGCAUCUUCUUUAAGACGAUAUGAGGUUCAUGUAGAAUAAAAGGAAAACGUAAAAUAUAGAAUACCGGUAUCAUGUACAGAUUCAAGGAUUUCAGAUAUUGUAUUUGCGUACAGUUUCGUAUAUUGUGCUGUAAAUAUAGGAUCACUUAAGGAUUUUAAUACAAUGUGUAACGUACUGUUUUUGUUGUAAAAAAGAAAAAAAAUCAAAUAUGUAUUGGGGGGAAAAAAACUGCUCUGUACAACCUUUCCAAAUGUGGACUUUGUAGCGUUGACUUCUUUAACAGAAUUUCAUGUGCAUUUAAUUAAACAUACUGUUUGUAUCACCUACAUUUGAGAAUCCCUACUUCACAAUAAAGAUCCAACCAGCCCAAGUCCCUAACAAUUACUCAGGGAUGCCCGCAGUGAGUGAGAACACUAAUUGAUCAUUAAAGUGACACUGAAGCAUUAGGAAUACAAACAGAGCUCAUCCCUUACCAAGCGGGAAUUAAAAAGGUGGUUUUUACUUACCCUUUCUCCGUUACCUCUGUCUUCACCGGCCGCCCAUUAAUCCUAAUGAUCUCCGCUAAACAGUGCUUCUCUUAUGGAAGCAAUGGGAGGCUAGUGCGCAUGCACCAUAACAGAAUUUGAUUUAGUUUUAAAAGACCACUGAAUUGAGAUGUUUCCUGCAUCUCUCUAUUCCGUAAGGUGAGAGACUGGCUAAACCUUGUAGGAGUUGACGUUAAAAGCUCAUGUCAUCUGUUUAUCUGCAUCUAACUGGUUAGUCUGUACAGUUUUGCUGUUAGAAUGUGCUUAUAUAUUGAACAGUUAGAUAUAUUUUACAACAUUCUCCUUGUUUAUUAACAGUACACGGUAGCAAUAAUCUAUAAUUCACACAGCUUUACAAGACACACACUUUAAAACAUAAAGUGAAAUCUGUAAUGAUAAACUGUUUUUUUUUUUUUUUUUUCUCUCUCUAGGAAUGCCUUUGUGCCAAAACAUCUCUCAGACCCAUACGUCCAUCAAGAGCCUACUCCACCAGCGAAUCAUCUGGGUAUAUCAUUUUAUUAAUUGUAUUUAAUAUAUUCUAUUGUCUCUUUAUGUAAAUGAAUUUGUAAAUAAUGAUCAACAAACUAGCAUGUGUAGUUAAGGCUUUUUGUUUCUUUGUGUACAUUGUCUUACGAGCUACUGUGUAGUUUGUAUUUCUGACACUAUAGUGUUCUAACUAUUUAGGGGGACCGCCUCCUCCCCUCCGAUCGAACAGAAAAGGUGUUUUUACACACCAUAUCUCAGAAGCCAUUUCGUCUUGGCAUGGCUGGCCCCGCCUCCAUGUCUGAGAUCCUCAAUCUUGAUGAUCUUAGCCAAUCCAAUGCUUUCCCAUAGGAAAGCAUUGAGAGGCUAUUGCGCAUGCUACGCUAAAUGCCGCGCUGCACCAAUCAGCAUCUCCUCAUAGAGAUGCAUUGAAUCACUGCAUCUCUAUGGGGAACAUUCCGUGCCUCCAUGCAGAGCGUGAAGGCGUUGAACAGCAGUGCUGAACAUUGUGCAACACUGGACUAGGAAGCACCUCUAGUGUCUGUCUGAGUUACUGCCAUUAGAGUUGUUCCUAGGCAGUAAUUUAAACACUUGUUGUUUUUCUGAAAAGGCAGCGUUUACAGUGCUCAGCCUGCAGUGACCGGUUAUGGGCAGCAGAUCAACUACAUUAAGUGGUAGUGGUUGUGAUGACAUAAGUGUCCCUUUGCUCAUUUGUUUGCUUUGUUCUUCCAUUUUAUUUGAUACAGGGAGUUGUAGUGUAUUUUGUGUGUAAACAUACUGUCUUCAUGUAAAGCUUUGUCCUUUUUGGAAGUCACAUGUCUGUGUGCCCUUCAUGACUUGCUGGCUUCACUUGGUAAAACCAGAUCUGUGCGCAGUAUGUCUGUUCCAAGUAAGCUAGUUAGAUCUCAUCUACAUUUCUAUUUACUGCACAGAAUCUAGAAAUGUGCUCUCAACAAUAUCAUUUAACAUAAUUUGGUUUAUUAUGGCAUUUUUAAUAGCACCAACUUUUUCCUCCGGGCUUUACAAUGUUAUAAAGGGGGGAAUUUAACUAACACAUGAGACAAACUGUUAUACAUUUUGACAGGAACAAUGGGUUAAUGCGGACCCUGUUUGAACGCGUUUACAAUCCAGAGGACUGUAAGGUUGGUUUGACAGUCUUUGUGUUGCUAUGCAUAAAUUAACUUUGACGGCUGUUUAGGGGGCACAUUCAUUUUUUUUUUUUUUUUUUUAAUCUACAAUGAAAGUGUUGACUCAAGGUCAUUAUUUAAAGGACAUAACUUUUCAGUGGCUAAUCAGGACUUUGUGUGUUCAUGAAUGGAAGGUCAUUCAAAAUAGCUCCGGAUUGAUGUUUGUAACCAAAAACCUAGCUGGACGCAUCGCGGCAGAGCUCCAGGGGUGAAAUACUAAUUUAGUUAGUUAAAUUAGCCAAACGCGGUCUUAAGCACUCCUCGCACAAGCUGUGCACUCUCGAGAACCCCUGUGACUAUGCACCAGCGGGAAUAUUGCUGGCGGCUCGAGGCUCCAUGACUAGAGGGGGGGUGGAGAGAGGUGGCCGUACUGACUAUGCAUUAUAUGUCACAUAUAACUUGAACAGUUGCAAUAAACUCUAGAGCCAGCGGAGGUGGCACAUUAUUUCUGCAGCUUGACCUUUCGUUAAACUAGCAUGUUAAAGUUUGAGCAAACCAUAUACUCUCCAUGCCAGGAAUUUAUGAUAUGAGUGCAUAUAUUGUGUUCGAUCUGUACAUAGACAUGAUUUCCUGGUAAUCAUCUUGAGACAGUAUAUCAUUUGUUAUAAGCUUAGAUGUGCAUUGCUUAAUCUGUUGGAAUUGCUUUUCAAAAUAAAAAUAAAAACCUGUAUAUUUAGCUCCAUAAGCUUCUAUACUAUACUACUGUCAAGUACACACUUGCUAUGACUUAUGUAUCUCAUUUCUGUAAUGUAUUUUUUUUUUUAAUGCCUCUAAUAAAAAAAACACAUUUACAAAAAAAUUUAUAUUCAUUUCAGAGAAUCAGCUCUGAAAAAAUCAAUAUUCUGAUCACUGUAGUAUAUUUCAAUUUUGCAUUUUUCUUUUAUAUGUCCGCAUUAUAAAAACAUAUGCUUGAAUUGCAUACUACCCCCCGAAUUUCCUUCAGCAAUGUCUAGUUCUAUCAGGAAGUAGCUAAUAUCUCAGCCAAUCUCAGGUCUAGCUUUCAGAUAAGUAGGAGACAUACUGAACAUACAAGUUUAUUUCUAAGCGGGUAAUGCUGUACAUUCCUUAAAAUGUACACCCUAAGCACCGAAUGUACUACAGCUUUUCAUUAGGCCCAAGUUAAAUCCAUUUGUACACACAUUAUAGUGCACUAUAAAUCCUGAACAUUUUUAACUAUUUGUAUAUUUUAGCAUAGAUUGAAUAUCAUCACUUCCUGAAUUAAGAGUUCAGAAAUGUGUUGCCAAACAAACGUACUGCCAGGUGCUGUCUUUUUAAUAUACUGUUUUUAUUACAGAUCAUCUGCUGGUAAAAUCAUUGCUGCCAGCCUCCUUUUUACAGGAGGUGGAAUUGGGGGCACAGUUCUUUAUGCCAGCUGGGAUCCCCGAUUUCGAGACAAUGUGGAAAAGUCUAUACCUUACUCGGAGAAACUUUUUGACUUUGCACUUGGACCUGCACAGAACACCUUGCCUGUUUCAAAGAGACCAGUAUGCUAUUUAACUACUUUAUAUAAGAGCACUUCUGAAAAAUGUUUAAUAUAAGAAUCUCACCAUAUAUGUAGUUUAAACUCAACUCUUGAUAUUACAGGAACAAUCUAUGCAAAUGCACCAUAAACAAUACAGCUCAGUUCAGUGGUUAUGGUACAUUUAGUGCUCCUUUAAAUCCUUUGUGUACUGUAGCAAUGUGGGUAGCACUCAAUAUGCUGUCUACUGUUUUCACCCACAAGCACCUGAGACCUGUCUUGCCAUUCUGGCAUAUAGACUCUUCAUUUAAAAUGGUCUGCUUGAGGUGUUUUAAAAGUAGCUGAUCUCAAAAGAGAACACCCAGCCUAAUGGUAACAGGACAUAGAAAUCAAGUACUAGCAGAGGUUAAAUAAUUGCCACUCUGCAGUGAUCAAACUUCCAAGAGGAGGCACUGUUGGUGAAUUAUCAAAAAUAUUCCAGAUCAGUCUUCUGAAAAAUUACAAUUAUGAUCUGAAUUUGGCCUGCCUUAUUUCUCUGAUCAUCAUCAUUUUUUUUUUUUUUUUUUUUAAAUAUACCCCCUUCUUGACUGCACCCCCAAAUGCCCCUGGACCCACCAUUUUCCCAUUUCUUAAAUCUUUAUUUUAUGCCCGGACCUAGGUCCUGGGUGCCGCCAUCUUUGUGUGGGCAGAUGAAGGCCCUGUGGGACUUGUCAUCUGCCCAUACUAGAUUCCGCUAUGAAAUUCCUGCGCAUGCCUAGUUUAACAUUUAGGCAUUUACUAUUGUCCGAAAUUCAGACGAGAACUUCGGCUAUUCAUUCAUUUGUCAGAAAGACGAAUGAAUAGAAAUGUCUAACGAACGAAGACUUCUUCAUUUGUUCGUUUAGUUUAUUACAAGGAGGGAGCUACUGGCUCACGGCUCCCCCCUUGAAUAUGUGAAGCACUGCUCCCCGCCACUUCCUAUCCUGUAACGGAGUGCCUCUAUCUUGGCUCCCUGUCAGUCAUUCACAUAGGCUCUGCUAGUUUCUGUAAUUGAACUGGAGGUACUUCUUCUCUUAAUAAAAUGUGUGCCCUGGUUGAGCUAGAACUGAACUGUAUAUUGUGAUAUAAAUUCCCAAAUUCUUAAUUACCAAUCUUUACCUACAUAUAAAGCGUCACAUGAAAAAGAGGCUAAUGCAAGUUAUGAGUUAUCACAGUAUUCUGUGUUUUCUACAACUCAGUGAAUUUUUUAUUUAUUUAUUACCGCUAUUUAAUUUCCUUAAUUUGCUUGAAUUCAUUUUGCUGCUAGGCCUUUUAAUUUUUUUUUCUUCGUAGCUCCAUAGUACAUCUCGCUGAGCUCAGCCAGUAAUGGUUUAUGUAUGAGAAUGUUGAGCAACUACUUCCAGUUUUAGAAACAAGCGCUUUAAGCAAUACACGGACAUGAAAAAUUGUUCAAUUUACUUAAACUUACUUUAUAUCUAUAUAUAUAUAUAUAUAUAUAUAUAUAUAUAUAUAUAUAUAUAUAUAUAUAUAUAUAUAUAUAUAUAUAAAAUAUUUUUGUUUUAAUUUAUUUUUUUUAAUAUAUAGUUAUGUAAUAAUUAGAACACUUUACAUGUUGGUAUGUUUUGAUGACUCCAGGUAUCAUCUGGACCGUUAAAGAUUUCUUCUGUGACUGAAGCCAUGAAAGAAUCCAAUCAGCGGAAAGAGAAGGCCGCAGCUCCCUCCAGUGACCAUGCUGAAGGUAAUGAUGCAGCAAAGUUUGCAGAUCAGGUCAUAGAAUGGAUUUUAAUAGUAGAUAAAUGCUAACUGGUCCAUGUAAUCUGCUUAUUCUUUAUCUGAAAACCCAGGCAUUAAUUUUCUUCUUUCCAUCUUAAGACAGCUGUCUGUAUAUCAAGUACUGUCUCUUUACUGGUAUUCAUUUAUUGCAUCUCUGCUGAUUUAAUUCUAACUUACCUUUAAGAGAUUGGUGUCUUUACCCCAAAAUUACAUUCUUGUAAACAUUCAGCCAUCACUAUUGCACAUCUUAAAUGUGUAAUAUAUCAAGUUUUUAUUUAAUUUUUUUUUUUCAUUCAUUUUAGCUUCAUCGCAUGUAGCCCAAAUACUGUCUGCCACCGGCGAAGCAGUCUCUGUACCAGCAGCAGUGGUGUAUGAGGAAGUAGUUAGCAAAGCUCCAGAAUCCACAGACCAGAAGGCAGACCACCAUGCUGGUAUGUGUUAACCACUUUCCCUCCUAAACUGACUAAAGCUUGUUUUGCAUUACAUUAUAUGUAAACACCCAGUUACCUGCACCUUGGCUUCAGAACUGGGUUUUCGCAAGGUAGAUAAACCAAAAAAAGGGCUCUAUCCUGUCUUUAUGCACACCUUUACUUUUGUAAAUGUCAUCUACCUCCCCCCUGCUCCUGUACUCGUCAGCAACGUUUGUAGGUCAUACUCCAUGACUGCAUUCAAGCAGACAGUAUGCUGUGAAGCCUUUCUCCUGAGUUCACUACAAUUAAUCAUUGCAAGCUACAAUCAAUCUUACACCAAGCCCUUAUUAUGCCCACCUACAGAAAUGUAUUGUCUGGUUGUAGGUUGAUUGCCCUAAAAUGCCAUCAUGUUCCUUAGGAAUACCAAUCUAGUUAUUCAUCCCUCUAUGUCACGCAUAUGGCACUAAUACUAGGUAGGUGCUAGAUACAGUGAGAGCAGGAAAUAGGGGAAAGAUACAUUUCCAAAACCUGUAAAAUAAAUACUUUUUUGUAGUCCAUGUAGCUUGGCAGGCUUUUGUUUGCUUUAUCCCGCUCCCACUUAGUAUUAUCAUCAGAGCGAGCACAAUACUUUAUCCCCCCCCGACCCCCUCCUCCCCAUCCAACACUGUCAGCUGGCCAUAUGAAACAUGGUUUCCUUUUCCAGUAACGUACCCCCAGAGCAUAGAUCCACACCUGUUCUGUUAAUAUAUUGGAUACAUCUAUAAAUGGUCUAGGUUCCCUCCAUUAUAUUUUUAUGUUUGGUGGUUGGGGGUAGCUGCAAUGUUUCUACAAGGAUUAAUAAGACCCAGAACGUUUGAAACGUUACCACUCUGUUUAUUUGGUGAAAGAAAGAUCUAUUGACAUUCAUAAAGUGUCAGGUGGGGUGCCUUGCUCCCUUUUUUAAAUACAUUUUAUAAAUCGUUAUUUAAAUUGGAAAAUACAUCAUAGGUAACAUUACAUGUCUAGUCAUACCUGGGGUGAUUAUCUUGUCUUUUUACUAUGGACAUAUCUGAAAACGUAUACUGCAGGGCUUUAUUCAGAUCACUGCUUUAAAUGUCAUUUAAAGGGACACUAUAUUCACGCAGACCACUUCAUCUCAGUGGGCUUGCUUGGAUGCAGUGGCCCUGUCCAUAUAGACCUGCAUUAUAAAGCAGUGCUGUAGCGGAUAAUUGUUAUACUGACCGCCACUAAAGUCUAAUUGGUUAUACUGAUGGCCACUUGAGGCGCUAUUGCUGCACUAACAGAGUAAAAUGGUCACACAGUGCCUUCUUAUGGGGAAACGUUAAUACAUGUGUGGUGCUUGCUGUGCAUGCGCAUUAUCUCCCAAUGCUACGCUAUGCGGAGUAUUGAAUUGGAACAUUGUGGAGGAAGCUAUGCAUCCUCAAUGACUAAAAUAUGUGACUGCCUUUCAUUCUCUUGGUGAUGGACUUGGCUGUAGCUAUUGGAUUACAAUUAAUCUCGGUUUUGUAUUUUGUUCAAUGUUGAAAUCAGUCUUCAAGUUGUAUGUUUUAUUCCUUCUAUAACCUAUGCUGACUUCUUUCAUUAAGGAGAGCAUUGUAAGGAGUGUGAGCAUGAGGACCCUCACGCCUUGAAAGAACGGCCGGCAGAGGAAGUGGCCGCUCGGCUGGUGGAGCAAGAAAAAGAAGAAAAGCACAGGAUUGAGUGUAUGUGAUCUGUAAUAUCUGCUAAAAGAUUGUACACAUCACCAAAUAGAACGCGUUUUCCAUUGUGCCAUAAUUAUUUAUUACCCAGCAGCUUGGGUUACCUAUAGUAGAUUAACCUGCCAGUACUUAUCGAAUGGUCUGCGGACUUCUAUAGGCCAUUCUCUAGCCGUGUUAUUAGAUAAGGGAAUACAGAGUGCAUGAAAGGGAAGCUUCACAUUUAAGGCCAACACGGACACAUUGAAAAAAUGUCCAAGUCAGUUAUGUUUUCAGUUAGGAUAUUGCGGCCUUCACUUUGAAUUCCUGACAGUUCACACCUUUGUAAAUAUGUAGAAACUGCUCUUGCAUGUUUGUGCUAUGGAGAACUUGCUCGUUACACUUUUUUUUUAUUAUUAUUUUUUUUUUUUUUAAUUGCUGCACCCUUAUCACUGGCAGUUGUAUUUCUAGGCAGAUAGACGCCAGUAACCUUGAUCCCAAGCUCCAGAUAAGAUAAAACAAGAGGUUAUGGUUAUGCUUCUUGGGUUUUUUUUUGUUUGUUUUUUUUUUUUUUAUGUGGCAUAUUUGAGGGAAAUAUAAUUGGGAGAUCAAUGGGUUGUAAAAAGCUUACCAUCUGUGGUGAGGAGUAGUUAGUAGCAGGAACCAUCCUCUCUCUGAGAAGGAGACCAUAUGUUGUGACUUGUACUGAAGGCUUUACAGUUGCUCAUCCUGUUGAAUUGCAGUGUUAAGGAACAGACUUGUUUCCUCUCUUUGGGUUCAUGUUCAAAAUGGUGGAUAAGCAAAUUGAGAGUAAAGUUCACAUUGAAUAUAAUUGUAACCAUGUAAAGACCUGUGUCUUCCUUCAUACUCCAGCUAUAGCAGCACUGCUAGAAGAGUCCCUGAGCAGUACUGCCCGGGUGACCUUACAGGCCAUCAACACACAGGAGUCUGCAGUUCAGGCUAUCAAUUUCCAUGCUCAGAAACUGAAAGAGGCUAUGGACGACUCCCAGGUAAAUGCAUCAACAAUGUAUUUCUGAUUUACCUCUGUAACACUGUGCCGAACCUUGGUAUGUUACGUUUGCUGUUUGUAAUAAAACUACAUCUGUUUUCUGUGUGUCAGUAUAUUUUCUUACCUUUUUAGUUGUCUCAAACAUCAGCCAUAUUAUGUACCUGGAUGCUAAAUUUUACAGUUAUUAGUCACUGUUAUUUAAAAAAACGUUUUUUUUUUUUAAAGUGUUUUUAAUGCGAUAAACAAAACCUAUCUGUUACCAUUUUAUAUAAUUUUUAUCUGUGUGUGUGUGUUUGGUACACACCAAAUCCCUCAGUAGCAAACUAAAUAGCCACUGUUAAUCUCCAUACUGAAAUCCUGCACCAUUCAGAAUUGUUGCACUUAGAGGGACUCUCCAGGUAUAAAAUAUGCAUGGCUUUCUGUGCAAAAAUAAUGUACAUAUUUGCAAGACCUUUUAAUUUCACAUCGAAGAAUGAGAUGCUUUCAUAAAUUGCAUGUGAUGAUGCUCAUACUUAUGGUAUCUCAUGUUCAUGCUAUCUCUCAUUAGGGGGGAAAUUAAUGCAAACUGCUGUAAUAUCUCCUGUACUAACUGCAGUAACUGGUGCAGGACUCUGUGUAUAACAGCGGAUGUACAAUUUCCAUGCUUGGCAGUAGGAUUGGAUGUACAUUGCAUAUCUCUCAUAUGUUUGGUAGUUGACAUCAGACUUUGUUAUAAUUUGAUGCUUUUACUCACACAUGGAUGCUACACAUUGAGAUUUAUGAAUUUUUUUCCCAUGGCUUGUUUUCUGAUCUGUUAGGCCUAACAGGAACCACAAACCUUACCACCUGUCUGUGACCCGCCUUUGUCCUUGUGAAAGUUAGGGGUAGACAGCAAGAUUCUUUUGCUUGAUUUGGACCUUUGCUCCUAGUUUACUAUAUAUGCUUACAAUCUAUUGGCAAGAGGCUCAAGUACGACUGACUGUUCUGUCCAUAUCCAUUUGAAUGAACAUUUAGACUUUGCAGUUCUAUACAGCAGUAUCUUUCUUCUGACAAUCUCAAGCCAUUGGAUGCAUUCAGGAAACUCCCUUCAUUCUGUUACUUUAUUUAGAUCCCGUCAGAAAACAAAUCCUUGCAGUGGCGUGAGCUGGAAGAUGCAUUAAAGGUGCGAAGCAAGGCUGUGGAUGAGGCCGCGGACUCCCUUCUAAAAGCAAAGUUAGUUUAUGUUUAAAUGUUUUUUAUAAUGAACAUGUAGAGUGAUUUCUGUCUAGAAAAUUGCAGUUGGAAGUGAUUGUUAAUUUGGCACAUUUUUAAUACAAUAUGCUGUUCACCAUUAAGCUGUUUCAGAACAUAUUGCUAUAAAGUAGGGCUAUUGACAGUGCAGCAUUACAACUCCGCAACAUCAUUUAAUGUCAAUUUCAUUCAGCCUAGAUGGUAUUGAUUGAGUGUUGGGCUUAUCCACCUGCAGUAUUCUCAGCCUGUCACCCUUGUUCACGCAUUCUUUCCAGAGGAGAUGGGGGACAGUCCCUCCGUGCCCAGAAGAACCCCAGUUUAUACUGCACGGAGUCCCCCAAACUGUUUGAUAUUAAAUUGGGGGAUGUCAUCAGGAGACACUUGACAACAUAAAUACAGUAAGCUGUAAUGGUUAUUGUACUGUGUUUUCUUCAUGUGUCAAAUGAAUACAAAUUAGAAUUAAGUCCUUUAGAAAUUCGAAAGGGCAACAAUGUACAGGAUUAUUUAUGAGCAGAAUUUGGACAUGCAGAAAUAGAUCAUAUGUGUUACAGCAGAUAUCCUGUUAGUCUUUGCCACGAUCGACCUAUAAGCAAGAGAGCAACACAAGUAAAGCUAUACAAAUGAUACAUUUAAAAUCCGUGCAGUAAAUCCUUCUACCUGAACCUGUCCCAUUUUCUAACUUGCUGAUCUUUUGUCUGUUAAUCUAUCAUAACUAGCUACUGAUCAUUAUACAUGGAAAAUGGAUUGUUCAUCCUAAACAGGGAUAAAGUGUUCAUGUAGUCCUUGGCCAUGUUGAGAGAUUACUGCAGAAUUAUUGCACAGUGACCUCAAACCUGGUGACUUCAAGCAGUUCUUGGUUAAUGGUCAGGAGUGGUCCUGAACAGAUGCAGAUUUGCAUUUCAUCAGCUGAUUGUCAAAUAAGUAAACCUGCCUACCAUAGCCUGACAGUUGGUGCUUUUCCUGUACCCAAACGUUUGAUGGCGCCUUAAUUGGUUUGUUUUGAUGCUGUAAAACAGGGAGGAGCUGGAGCGGAUGAAGCGUGUGAUUGAUGACUCCAAGAAAAAUGCCAUCAAUGGAAGCAAAGCUCAUAUCACAGCCGCGGAGGAGAACCUGCAUCGCAUGAUCGUAGAUCUAGAUAAUGUUGUGAAAAAGGUGAAUAUCCCAGAUGCCAAGUUGUGAUUUUUAACAUUGAGGCCCAACUUGAAAAAAAUCAGAUGAGCUGUUUUGACCUGAAUUAAAAUUCUGUUUAAAUGGACACUUUAGUAAAUAAUCUUGUGAAGACAGAAUUUCACUACAUUUCUAACUUUAUGUUGACUUCAUUGAUGAGUAAUUGUAUGAAAGUGGACUAGGUCCGUGUAUAAUGCAGGGUCAGCUGGAACAUUAUCUUCUUCGACUUGUCAUUAUACUGUAUUGCUCUGCCAUCUUGGUCUGUAGGUGCAAGCCGCUCAGUCUGAAGCCAAGGUGGUAGCCCAGUACCAUGAACUGGUUGCAGUGGCAAGGGAGGAUUUCCAGAAGGAGCUGGACAGUAUUACUCCAGAAGUACAGUCAGGCUGGAAAGGAUUAAGUAAGUGCUAAUUACUGUUUUAGUCUGACAGAUACUUUGAGAUGUGUGUGUGUAUAUAUAAUAUAUAUAAUGGCACGGUUUUGCCAAGACUACCCAAAUACCAAUCUUACAGGGACAGCAUAGUCACCAAAACCACUACAGCUUAAUGUAAUGGUUCUGUCCCUGCAGGCUGAGCAUUGUAAAUGCUGCCUUUUCAGAGUGAAGACCGUGUUUAGAUUGCUGCCUAAGUCCACCUCUAGUCGUUGUCACUCGAACAGCCACUAGAAGAGGAGCUUCCUGGACGAGGUCCAGCAAUCUUUGCAGGACCAAUGUUCAGUGUCUCGACACUCUGCAUGUACUCUCUCCUUAAGUGCAAUGCCUUAAUACAUCAUAUGUGAGUAAAUGCAGCAUUAGCACUAGUCUUCUAAUGCUUCCCUGUAGACAAACAUUCAUUUGAGAUCAUCAAGAUUUGUAAGGAAUUUUUAUUUUUAUGCACAUGAAAGGGUAGUCAACCUCUAAUUUUAUUUAUUUUUGUUUGUAUUCAUAAAUACAAAAGUGUUCCUUUUUAAAGGGGUUUUACCAUGCAUAAUAUAACUGCCUGGUUGAAUUAUCUUAAAUGACAAGCAAACCUAUAGAUGAAGAAUGCUUAUGUGUAUCAUUAAAUGAUUUCGCCAACCGUUUAUCAAUAAUGAUAGAAUAAUGGCAAUAGAGAAUUUUUCUAUCCGUUCCACACUACAAAACCGCUCAAAAAACCUUUUUAAAAUUUCACGCACGAACCGGAGACCACCCUGGAGCUUGUUAAGCCUAACUCAGUGAUGGCGAACCUAUGGCACGCGUGCCACAGGUGGCACGCCGGGCCCUUUCUGUGGGCACGCGGCCACAGGUUCGCCAUCAAUGCAGAGUAGGCGCCUGCCUGCCCGAAACGGCAGGCGCCUACUCUGCUUCCGGGUCGGGAGGCAGGGGGAGGGCUCUAGGAAGCAGCUCCCCUGUCCUCCCGCGCGAUGCUGUGUGGAGCGUUGCCGCGCGUUACCAUGGCAACGCUCCACACAGCAUUGCGGGAGGACAGGGGAGCUGCUUCCUGGAGCCCUCCCCCUGCAGUGCUUACCACCACCGGACCACCAGGGAUGGCUGUGUGUCUCCCCCCCCCUCCACUUCAUUAAAGGUAAGAAGGAGGGAGGGGGGAUAUACUGACACAGCACCCUUACCCUCCCCAGCAGUACCCCUACCCUCCCCAGCAGUACCCCUACCCCCCACACACAGUUACCCCUACCCUCCCAGCAGUACCCCUACCCCCCAGUUGUACCCCUACCCCCACACACAGUACUCCUACCCCCCAGCAGUACCCCCACCCCCCUACCCCCCCUGUACCCCUAACAAUACCCCUACCCUCCCCAGCAGUACCCCUACCCUCCCAGCAGUACCCCUACCUCCACACACGUACCCCUACCCCCACACACGGUACCCCUACCCCCCACACACGGUACCCCUACCUUCCCAGCAGUACCCCUACCUUCCCAGCAGUACCCCUACCUUCCCAGCAGCCCUCCCCACCCCUACCCUCCCAGCAGUACCCCUACCCUCCCCAGCACUACCCCCCACACCCUUACACUAUAGCACCCCACACACACAGCACCCCCCACACACAGCACCCCCCCCCACACACACACACACACACAGCACCCCCCCACACACAAAGCACCCCCCACCUCAAUGCAGUAUGUGUGUAUUCAGCAGUCUAUGUGUGUGUGUGUGUGUGUGCACUCAGCAGUCUGUGUGUGUGUACUCAGCAGUCUCUGUAUUCAGCAGUCUUGUGUGUGUGUGUGUAUUCAGCAGACUGUGUGUAUGUAUUCAGCAGUCUGUGUGUGUAUGUAUUGCAUUUGUUGGAGAUACUAAUAAAUAUAAGCUUAAUUUUAUCUAUUUAUAUCAUUAUUUAAAAUUUGUAUCAUUGAACUCUGUGUUCUUUUAAAACAAAAGUUAUUAGUUCGGACAACAGUACGAGUUGUUUUUUUCUAAACUUAAACCUCAGUAUUUGGGUUUAAUUGCCGUGUUGGCACUUUAAGGAGAAAAAAAGUUGGCAUGUAUUGCGGUUUGGGCACUCGGGCUCAAAAAGGUUCGCCAUCACUGGCCUAACUGAUACUUUGUAGCAAUUUCCACCGCAGUAUAUAGAUCAUGCAGCUUCAGUCUCUCUGCUCAAUUAUCUGCCAUUUAGGAGUUGUCACUUUGUUUAUGCAGCUCUUGUCACACCUCCCUGCAUGUGACUUACAUAGCCUUCCUAAACACUUCCUGUGAACUAAGAUCUGAUUUUUAAACUUACUGUAUUGCACAUUAUGUUUAAUUUAGGAUUUUACAUCCCCAUCUCUAAUAUCCUUCUAGAUCUUGCAGCUGUUUAAGUCCCUUUAGUAUCCCUUUAAUAUAAACUAUCCAAAAUAUGACUCCUAUUAUUUCUGGGUUGCACAGGUGAUCUAAAGUGCAAUUAUAAUAAAAUAUAUAUUUUUUUGCAACAGAAGUAACACAGUGAGUAAACAUGCCACGUGACGUGCGCAGACCAACUAAUUAAUAAGAUUUGAUUCAAUUUUCUGAUUGAUUUAUUAUUUUAUCUAUUUAGUUGUUUCCGUUCUACUGUCAGUAAAUAUUGUUGGUUUUUAUGCAGGUGGAAUAAGUUAUCUGAAUAUUUAUCGGAUAGAUAUAUGUAGAGACAUUUUUAUAACUUCUCAACAAACCUUUUUGCUUUUUCUGUUAUAACUUCUAUUCAAGCAGUGUUUCAUUUUACACUUGUGUUUGUGGGUAUGCAAUGUAGUGUUUUCUUUUCUUCUUUGACUGUUUACAAAUCUCAUUUUGCUCAUAUGUCAUGCCAAAUUGGGUAUGCGAUUUCUUCACUAGAAGGUUGCUAUUUUGUUGAAGAAAAAGAAUGCAAAUCAUAACUGUUAGGGAAUUGACACACUGCAGUCCGGUCUGGACCAGUGAAGAGAAGUGUAACUUGAGCUGUGACUAAUGCAAAAGGACUUUAUUGAUAUUUAUAAAGCGUGUACAAAUCAUCCAGUGAUCAGACCACUAUUAGUGGGGGGAAAUGGCUAAAUCCCUAAAUAUAGUUAAAGGACCACUAUAGUGCCAGGAAAACAUACUCGUUUUCCUGGCACUAUAGUGCCCUGAGGGUGCCCCCACCCUCAGGGUCCCCCUCCCACCGGGCUCUGGGGAGAGGAAGGGGUUAAACACUUGCCUUUCUCCAGCGUCGGGCAGGGAGCUUUCCUCCUCCUCUCCUUCUUCCUAGCGACGUCAUCGGCUGAAUGCGCAUGCGCGGCAGGAGCCGUGCGCGCAUUCACCCAGUUCAUAGGAAAGCAUUCAUAAUGACAGUUGAUUUUCACAGUGAGAAGCACGCAAGCGCCUCUAGCGGCUGUCAGUGAGACAGCCACUAGAGGCUGGAUUAACCCUCAGUGUAAACAUAGCAGUUUUUUUAAUCCUACAAUAUUAGAUUUGUAAACAGAACCAAAACUAAAAUGUUUAGUUAAAGGACCACUCUAGGCACCCAGACCACUUCAGCUUAAUGAAGUGGUCUGGGUGCCUGGUCCAGCUAGGGUUAACCCAUUUUUUUUUUUUUAUAAACAUAGCAGUUUCAGAGAAACUGCUAUGUUUAUGAAUGGGUUAAGCCUUCCCCCUAAUCCUCUAGUGGCUGUCUCAUUGACAGCCACUAGAGGCGCUUGCGUGCUUCUCACUGUAAUUUUCACAGUGAGAGCACGCCAGCGUCCAUAGGAAAGCAUUAUGAAUGCUUUCCUAUGCGACCGGCUGAAUGCGCGCAGCUCUUGCCGCGCGUGCGCAUUCAGCCGACGGGGAGGAGAAGAGGAGGAUCGGAGGAGGAGAGCUCUCCGCCCAGCGCUGGAAAAAGGUAAGUUUUAACCCCUUUCCCCUUUCCAGAGCUGGGCGGAAGGGGGUCCCUGCACUAUAGUGCCAGGAAAACGAGUAUGUUUUCCUGGCACUAUAGUGGUCCUUUAAGGACAAUGUUCUAUUUACAUUUUGCAUGAGCCAAAUUGACAGUAAAUGUAUGGAUCAAAAGAUAUUCUGUUUGGUAGAAAGUAGUCUGCAUGUCUGUCCCCAUGUUGCACUAUGGAAUAAUGUGACUCUUUCUUUCUGUGUGAGGUUCUCACCUUCCCAUGUAAAGCUUUUUGUAACCUUUUAUUUUAGAACAGAAUUUCCUUUUGAUCUAUUCAUUCUCAAUACGUGGUUAAACUACCUGGCUGACUCAUUUACUUUUUAUUUUUUAUUUUUUUUGGUCUCUGUUAUGGUAACUAUAAGCUUUUUCUGCUCCAGCUUUUGUGACCAGAACCCCAUCGGGAGACCUGGUCCAGCCGGACUGGCAAAUGUUAGCCUACAGCAUGUUGGUGUGGAUGUUUGGCGUGCAUGACGUAACUGCAUGGAAGCCUAAUCUCUGUGUUUAGUUCUUCAUUUAAUCUUUUCCAAACCUUCCCUUUUCUCUGUUUCAGAAGUGUCUGAUUUAGGUGAGUUUUCUUUCUGUCUGUAUUCAACUAAACCAUUUCACCUGGAGAAACCCAGUGAAAUCCACUAACCCAUGCAUGUCACACUUCAAUUUGUGUUGGUGGGAAAGUGUCUCGAAGAAUGUACAAAAAAUUCCGUCAUACCAUGGAUGGGAGGAAUCAAAGCAGGAAUCUAAUAGAUGGGGCAUACCUGAAGCUUUCCUAAUGGUCUCUUCUACAACUUCAGCAGAGACCACCUGAUGAGCUUUGGUCCUUGUAACCCCUUGUGUACCAAAUGGGUUAAUCAAUGCACAGCACUGAAAUGGUUUAGUUUCUGUAUCCGUAUAGUUUUUAUCCUCUUAAAAAAACAAAGCCACGUACCUCCCCUUGAUUUUUAUAACCAAAUUUCAUUCACUACAUCCAUGAUGGCUUACCUGUGGACUACUGACUGGAAAACCUAGGCCAUUCCAUCUGGACUGCCAACCCUGGCCUCCACUCUAGUAUAUAAUUGUGUAUUGCCUAGAAUCGGAGACGAUCAGCUUUCUGCCUCGUGGCUUGCGAGGCCUGUGACAAACCGCUCUGGGUAUUAUUGGCUGUGAAUUGGUUAAAUGGUAAAAUUCCCAAUCACACCAACCUAUAAUUCUCCUGCUAUUUUCCUUAACAUGGAGAUAAUUACUACUUUAAUUCCUUCCUGAUGGAUAAUAUCCAGGACUGUAAUAAUCCAAAGUGGUGAUGGUUAACUUCGUCACCCCAAAUGUUGGGUCAUAUCUAAGUUCUUAUGUAAAGGUUACCCAUCACAAAUAUAAAGGGAUUUCCUGAAAGCAGUGUUUCCAAAUUAUUAUUUUUAAAAAAAUUCUAUUUUAUUUUUUGUCACACUGCUAAAAAAAAAUUAUUUUUUUGUGCCUUCAGCAGCAAAUUUACAUAUUCAGUUUAGUUAACAGCCACACAGGAAUCCCAAUUUCAAGUGACACUUGUGAUUUUAUUUCUUAUUUUUUUUUUUUUUUUUUAUAUAUCCUGUGUCUGCAUUCAGCCUAUUACAGUGCUGAAGCCAGUGUGGUCGUGGCAUGAGGCAUACCAGUGAACCACAGGCCCAGCACACUGGUUGAAAACCACAUGUCAUGAAGGAGUUAAUGUAGUCAAUAAGUUUUGCAUAUCCUCCUGUUUGGUAUAAGCAUUGUAAGCCAUACCGUCCUUUCUUCUCCUAAACGCUCUGUGUUUUGUGCAGCUGGCAAGCUGAGCAUGGACGACCUUAAUUCUCUCAUUGCUCAUGCACACCGGCGCAUUGACCAGCUACACAAGCAGCUGGCAGAAUACAGAGUCCGCGAACAGCAGCACAUCGAGGCAGCCCUGGAGAAUCAGAAGCUGGAGGAUAAAAAAGCCCUGGAAACUGCAGUCACUAAGGCUCUAGAACACUACCGGUCUGAGAUUCAACUGGAGCAAGACAAGAAGGUGAAUAAUACAGAUCUACCGGUUCUUUUAUUGGGGCUAAAAACCUAAAUUAGGAAGCCCAAUGCUUUGUUUAGGUUACAUUUAGAGUUCUAAAUUUAGAUUUAGUUUAAGUAUGUUUAUCUAGUUGAAAUAAUUUUAUUCCUUGGAAUUAGACCAAACCAAAAAAAUAGGACUGUAAUCAUUGAUGGAGGGGAUGGGAAGGGGAUAUACUGUUGUUGUUGGCUGGAUGUGAUAUAAGGUGGGUAUAAGUAUUUGGUGAUGUUGGAUUACUGGAGGAAAUGAGUGAAUGUUAUUUGGGAAGGGGGUAUACGUUGACCCACGUCAUUCAUAUUGCUUUAUUUAAAAAUCUAAAAUUCUUAAUCCCUAAAGAUUGUGUCAUUAAUCUGUUGGUCACCUCUCUGGCACAGAAAGGAGCGAUGCAGUUACUGCUGCUGGCUUAUACAAUGAGCUAUUUUAAUAUGGUGAAUUUAUACAUUCAGGGAGUAAGGCAUUAACCGUCUAGGAAUACCCAUUAACUGUAAUGAUGAUGUUGCAGGUUGAAGAGGUGCGGGAUGUGAUGGAAGCAGAGAUGAGGACCCAGCUACGCAGACAGGCUGCUGCACACACUGACCAUCUGAGAGACGUUCUCACAGUCCAAGAACAGGAGUUGAAAGCAGAGUUCAACCAUGUAAGGCCUGUUGUGUGUAUGACAUUGAUCUCCUGAGAGUAGACAUCCCUCCUCCCCCAAUAACCACGGUCAGUCUGGUUUCCAAGGAAUUGUUGCUUCAACCAUGUCUCCUCAAGCUUUUGUUAGAGCACAAAACCUGCCUCUAUAAAAUCUCGUGAGAGGACUGGCAUUAAUAGUAUAGGCACCAAAACUACAUAGUGGAGCAGCUUUGGUGUAUAGACAAUGCCCCUGCAACCUCCGUGUUCAUUUCUCUCUAUUAUCUAUUUUUCGGUCUUCCUAGUCCUAGUAAAGCUGUAAGAACUGCUGAUGGUUCUUUGUUUUAUUUAAGUUAAAUCUGAAAACUUUUCACAAGAUUGUAUUGUGCGUGGGUUCUGGGAGAUAACUGAAUAGAAGAGCCGUCUCAUUCUAUUCUUCCUGGUAAAACAUUCUAUACAAAUAUUUAAAAUGGGCCAUUAAAAGGACUAAGUCAAGUCUUUAGGGGUUAAAAAAAGAAUGUUCCCUUUUAUGGCAAAGUAUUACUUAUUUUAAUAUAUAUAUAAUGAGCAGCCAUUGUUCUAGAGAAGGUUAGGUUUAAACCGGCAAAUAUUACAUUGCAACUUCUAAAUACUUAAAAAAAAUAAAAAAAAAUUUAUUCGAAUUAAAGUACCUUAAACGGGUUGCAAAAACGUUUGUAUUCAGUAUGGCUUCUGAAUGACAACACCUAAAAAAAAAAAUUGUGUUUUUUGCAGUCACUAUCUGAGAAGCUCUCAGAACAAGAUAUGCAGUUCAGACGUCUCUCCCAGGAGCAGUUAGAUGCCUUCACAUUGGAUAUUAACACAGCCUAUGCACGUCUCAAAGGCAUUGAACAGGCUGUGGAAGGUAAGGCUCUACAUACCGCCAUCAGCUGAUUCUACUAAAUCGCCACAACCUUGCACAGGCUAGAACAUGUGUAAAGCAGGAGCUCUCAGUUAACCAUAAUGGAGCUAAGCUUUGGAUUGGCUCAGUUAAACCGCAUUGCUCGUGUUUCAUAUUUGUAUGAUUUUAUUUUAAUGUCUAUCUGUAUUGUUAAAAUGAACUGGUUUAGUAGAUUACCAAACAAAAUUCUAUAUCGAUUCACCGAUUCAGCACAGUACUGGAGCACUGCAAUUUUUGAAUAAUUUUUGCCUCUUAAAGCUGAUCUGCCACUUUUCAGAAUUUCAGAAAGAUACAGUUGUAAUCAAAAUUAUUCAACCCCCCAUUGAAAAUCAGGUUUAUUUUCAAAAUUUACAGACUUUCAGCUGUUUGUAAUGAACAAGCAAAAGCUAUUUAAAUAGCUCAACACAACAAAUGCUUCAAGUGGUUUCCCCAAAUUCAACUAUAUGAAUGUGCAACGUAUGACUUCUCUAACCUCAAAAUGAGUCAAUGAUUUUCAAUUGGCGUCGACUCAUUUUGAUUACAACAGUAUAUCCUUUAUGAAAUCCUGAUCAACACUGCGUUGGAUUUUCAUUAGAAUUCCAAUACAAUCCAGAUACUAAAAGACAAAGUAGGGACUAUUGUGUCUAAUCUGAAAACCUGAAGAUGUCUAAGGUUUGCCAUCACGUUUUGUCCAACCCUAGCAGCCAUCCCAAAUAACGGCUGUUUGAUUCAGGCUCGGUCUAUGGAGGAUCCUGCGGUGUAAUGGGGUCCUCCACAGACCUCCCUGUCAUACUCACGCAUGUACAAGAGUACAGCUGAAGCAUCAGAAGCUGAAUAGGACAGCAGCAUGAUCUGUUACAUUUGGGGGUCUUUGCAUAAAUCCUAAAGAGCCCUAAAAACUGACAGAUCUGCUUUAGUAGAAAUAAUAAAUUUUCCUGAAAGUAAAGCAGAUUUUUCUACAUUGACCUGGGUGGCGAAAUUAUCUGGGCAUUUUGCAUUUAUUUUCUUAUUGGAUAUAAACACUAGAUAUGUUUUGCCUUCUUUAACCCCUUAAGGACCAAACUUCUGAAAUAAAAGGGAAUCAUGACAUGUCAAGUGUCCUUAAGGGGUUAAAUCAAGAUGCCAAGUUUAUUCCAACUGCACAGCAAGUCCGAUGAUUAAAACCUGUCUGUAUUCUUGCAGGACAUGCAGCUGCUGAAGAAGAAGCUAGAAGAGCCCACCAUUUGUGGUUGUCCAUCGAAGCCCUAAAGUUUAGCCUGAAAACUGCCUCUGGUGACAGCCCAACUGAACCCCUGGAGAGUGCAGUUCAGGGAAUUAAAGCUAGCUGCUCCAAAAAUGAAUUUACAGAGGCUCUGACUGCAGCCCUCCCAGAGGAGUCGCUACACCGCGGUGUGUACAGCGAAGAGGCGCUCAGAGCCCGUUUUUAUGCCGUCCGUAACCUAGCCCGCAGGGUAGCCCUCAUCGAUGAAACCAGAAACAGUCUGUACCAAUACUUUCUCUCCUACCUGCAAUCCCUUCUUAUAUUUGAACCGAAACAUCUGAAGCCCCCCAGCGAGCUGAGCUCUGAAGACCUAGAUACAUUCAAACUGCUUUCCUACGCCUCUUACUGCAUUGAACAUGGGGAUCUGGAGCUGGCAGCAAAGUUUGUCAACCAGCUGAAAGGAGAGUCGAGAAGAGUGGCCCACGAUUGGUUAACUGAAGCCCGAGUAACCUUGGAAACCAAACAGGUCAUAGAUAUCUUGUCUGCCUAUGCCAGCGCUGUGGGUCUAGGAACAACGCAAGUACAGUAACUUAGUGAGAAGGGAAAUUUAAGUAAAGGUGCAUCAGUGUUGAGAAUUUCCUUUCCCACCGUACACAAAAUAAAUCUAAUUUAAGUUAUAUUGUUUGGAGUCUGUAACCCAGUGAAAUCACAAUACAGUUUUGUUGCACUCCAUAAACGUGUUCCAGGCAGAGAUACUAUAUUUGUGAUGGUCAGAUUUUGACACGCCAGUUGUUGAGGAUAUUGGAUUCUGUGUUUGUCAGCCUGUCAAAUCCAGGCCAGAUGAGUUGAGACUUUUACACAUGCUUAAAAAAAACUAUAGUUAAAACUAGCUUGUAAUAACUGCCUAAACGUAUUUCUAAAAGAAGACUAAAGGCUGGUGAAUAAUAAUCCUCCAUAGCUAGUGUGUGAAACGUUGACUGUCACUGCACUAUAUAGUUUAAACUCCUUUAUCAAUACUGCAACCUCCAGGAAUGUCUCUCUACCCCCCAUCCCCUUAUAAUCUCAUAUUUUUAAGUUUUCAGGUUUUACUGAUCCCAGCUGAUAAAAAGAAAUCAUUUGUUGUCCUAAAUUCUACCCUGGAUCACAUGAAUAAACAGAAAUCAUAUCCUCUUGACUCCCGUUUUCCUAUUUGCUGCUGCUGCUAUAUAUUAUCUGAC